CAUUAUGUCUUCUGCUAGUCAUUUAGACAGUGUCACAGACACCGAAUGGUUAGAAGAUCUCCUAAAAGAAGUUCAACUAGAACAGUUCCUAGAACGUAUACGAGAUGAUUUGCAAGUGUCACGCCUUGCCCAUUUCGAUUAUGUACAGCCGGAAGAUUUGGAACGUUGUGGUUUGGGUAAGCCGGCCAUAAGACGUCUGAUGGAGGCAGUCCGCAAGAAAAAGGCUCAACAAUGGCGUAAAAAUAUUCUCUCUAAAUUGAUUGGUGGCGGUAAACAACCCUCCUCGAAAAAGUCAUCAAAUACCAACAACAAAGAACAACAAAAUACUCAGCUAACCUGUCUGAUACACGAAAAGGACAUCACACUGCAUCAAAAAUUGGGUGAUGGAUCAUUUGGUGUGGUGCGUAAAGGUGAAUGGCUAACAGCUCCAAAUGGAAAAACCUUACCGGUUGCAGUUAAAGUCCUUAAGGCUGACAAUUUAACCCAACCCGGCAUCAUAGAGGAUUUCUUCCGUGAAGUCCAGGCUAUGCAUGCCUUGGACCAUUCAAAUUUGGUGCGUUUAUAUGGUGUGGUGCUAUCUCAACCCAUGAUGAUGAUUACGGAGUUGGCCGAAAGAGGUUCCCUGUUGGAUACCUUGCGUAAACAGUUGAAACACACCCCGCUCACCACAAUAUGGAAUUGGUCGGUACAAAUUGCCACUGGGAUGGCCUAUUUAGAACAAAAACGUUUUCUUCAUCGCGAUUUGGCUUGCCGUAAUGUCCUAUUGGCCUCGGGGAAUAAAAUUAAGAUUGGUGAUUUCGGGCUAAUGCGUGCUCUACCCCAGGAGGACGACUGCUAUGUUAUGUCAGAACAUAAAAAAGUUCCUUUCCCCUGGUGUGCUCCAGAAUCUUUAAGAUUUCGACAAUUUUCACAUGCCUCAGAUACCUGGAUGUUUGGUGUAACUCUAUGGGAAAUGUUUACAUUUGGUGAAGAUCCCUGGGUGGGUUUGAAUGGUUCACAAAUUUUACGUAAAAUUGAUAGGGAAGGAGAACGGUUACAUCAUCCCGAUGCCUGUCCACCAGAUGUCUAUGAAUUGAUGUUACAGUGUUGGGAUAAGACACCGGCUGAGAGGCCCACCUUUGCGGCCAUCAAAGAAUUUUUAGUUGGUGUCUCACCCCAGGUUGUCAAAGCAGCCAAAGCCUUUAACGAACCCAAUCGUUUGGCGAUUGAGGCCGGCGACAGCAUUGCCAUCAUUGAUGGCCGUCCCGAAUUAAAAUUGAUCAAAGGACAAAACCAAAGAACAUUUGAUAUUGGCAUUUUUCCACGUCACAUUUUGGAGAAGAGCAAGCCAACGAAUAGUGAUCUCAUACGUCAUAAUCACGAAAGCCUUCGUGCAACGGGUCAUUCAGGUUCCCCAUUUGGUUUUUGUUGGGGUGGUGCUGGUACCAUGGCUCCUACUGCAAGUGAAAUGCAUGCAGAGAGGGCUCGCAAAACCAACUCCUUGCAGGCACAUUCCAUGCAACAACUCCACCAUGCCAAAGAACGAAAGUCUGUGGUGAAUAAACAAUUUUCCUACAAUAAAUUGGUUAAUGAAAGGGCUGUGGAAAUGCAAAGAUAUCAACAGCAACAACAACAGCAGCAAGGCAACAAAAAAAAAGGACCACAAAGGCCUCCACCACCCCAACAACAGCAACAACAGGAGGGUUUGCUUAUUGACAUAUCACCGGAAUUUGGUGGUGUAGGGCCACCUCAACAGGGACCCCUAUUGCAUUUGGGUGAAAGUGCCUCAAUGCAUGUUGAUAGUUCGUUUUGUAUACUCGAUGCACCCAUAGAUGUACCCACAGAGGGAGACGGUGAAUAUUUGGAUAAUGACAAUACAUCUGUAAUGCCACAUACCCCAACAAUGCCUACGACACAAAUGCAAUCACAAACACAAUUUGAAUUUGCUGGUGCUUCCCCUUCACGUUUGCAUCCACCUCCAUAUCAAAUGCCACCCACCUAUUCAAAUACAUUGGAAUUUAGUCAGCAGCAACAACAACGUGGUAGCGAUCCAUUUGAUACAAGCAAAAUAAAUAUAAAUGGUACAUCCAGCAAUCAAAAUACUUCCCUGCAAAAUUCCAAUUCCAACUACAAUAGUCCAGCUGCACGAAAAAGUCUUUUCGGCGGCGGCGCUGUACCCAAUUCAACAUCAUCUUCCAACAUCUCCAUAACGGAGGAUUCAGCGUUGCAGAAAAAUCUAAGUACCCUUUCGCUGGAAAAACAAACGCAACAAACCACUGUGAAUGAUGCCCAAGUUGUUUUGGAUAAAAACUUCAUAGCCGAACUGGAAAAGGAUAUGUAUUCGAAUAAGGGACAUAAUGAUUUUGAACGUAACACAACACAAAUGUACGCGAACAAAGAAGCUGUCUAUGCCAAUAAACAAAAUUUAACACCAUUGAAAAAUUCCUCAAAUUCUCUUUCGAAUAAUUCAAGUCCCUCCUCGAACAAUGGUGCUUCGCCAAAAAUGCACAACACCGAUAGGCAGAAAAAUGCCACAGCUGCCAGUGGCGUCUCCAAUACGACGCAAAGUGUUGUUAAUCGCAUCUGGUAUGAACGUGUUGCCAAUCAAUCGGAGUAUUAUGCCCAACCCACAGCCGAGAAUAUAUAUUCCAAUCAGGGAAUUUAUCAAGCCACUCCUGCCGCCGCCAUCACCACAAGCACCAGCCAAGAAGCCAAUCAUGGUUUUGUGGCCGUUUCAAAUCGUGUUGUCCCGCCUAAAACAGCAAAUCAAAUCUAUGCCUCAUCAGCAUCCAUCUAUGGUAGUGUUACGGGUCCGGGUAUAUAUGACUCAGUCGCUCCCACACCUUCAACAUAUUAUGGACAAGUGCCUCUCAGUCAUAUGUCGGGCAAUGGACAAAUUUAUUCCAACGGUGGUGGUCAACCGGCAAUUUAUGAUGAAGUUGCAGGUGAUGAUUAUCUUAGACCACAUCGUCCGGCACCAUUGGCACCACCACAAUUAUCGGCCCAACAAAUUCAACGUCGUUUGGAAAAACUAAAACGACAACAAGAAGCCCAAAUGGAGGGUAGUAAUAAUCUGUAUGCCCCCAUACCAUCCGAAUACGAAAGGGAACAACAAAAACUGCAACAAAUGAUGCAAGAUCUUGGACCAAAUGCUCAGGAAAUUGAUGUACGCAAUGCAUUGCGUGCUGCAAGUGGUGAUACAACAUUGGCCAUACGGCAUUAUAAAAUUGAUCAGUUGUCAAGAUUGGGUGUUGCUAAUCGACCACUGUGUGAGCAAGCAUUGCAGAAAACCGGCUGGAGUUUGGAAUUGGCGGCAGCUGUUUUAUUGGAAUCUACAUCGUAA